CGGAGGUCCAGCAGCUCAUUGACUCAGGAUGAGGAUGAAGAAGCAACAUUCACUCAGCCGAGCACAUCACAGGUCCAGAGGGGACUGGAGAAACUCAGCCAGGCACAAGUCGACCAGAAGACAGCUGAGGUGGUGCAGUACUUCCUGAUGAAAGACCAGAAGAAGGUUCCUGUUCGCCGUGCAGAGCUGGUCAAAUACAUGGUGAAGGACUACAGAACCAUCUACCCUGAGAUCAUCAAGAGGGCAGCGCGGACCUUUGAACAGGUGUUUGGCUUGAAACUGGUUGAAAUUGAUCCCAAACAGCACAUGUACAUCCUGGUGAAUAAUCUGGAAACACCUGCUAGAGCUGGGCCAGUUGAAUGUCCCACCAACCCAAAGACGGGUCUCCUUUUUGUGGUCUUGAGUGUUAUUUUUAUGAAAGGAGGCAUUGUUAAAGAAAAUCUCAUCUGGCACACCCUGAAGAAACUCCGUGUUGAUCCUGGGCAGAAACACGAGGAGUUUGGUGACGUGAAGAAAGUCGUCACUGAUGAGUUUGUGCGACAAAAGUACCUGGAGUAUUUAAGGAUCCCACACACAGAGCCUGUGGAGUAUGAAAUUCGCUGGGGGCCACGAGCUGAUCUGGAGGUGUCCAAAGCCAAGAUUCUGGAGUUUAUUGGUCAACUUCAUGAACAGGAUCCUCGCAGCUGGACUCAGCAGUACAGAGAAGCUCAUGGCACCCAAACCCCAGGCCAGGCCAGCAGGAGCAGCUCCCAGAGAUAACUGACCACUGGUUAAAAURUGCUGUGAUUUUCUACCAGUACUCUUACUCUGUGUGAGUUUUACAUYGGAUUUUAAACUCAAUAUGCUUUGAACCAAGGAGACAGGAGGACUGGACUAUGUUCUGUGGAGUCCAGGGUUUAGCAGCUUUCAAAGAAAACCUUUUUUUUURUACCAACACUGGGAUUUUGUGUUUAGGUUGUCAGUGGAAGGUGUAAAAACCAGUGUCUGAUGGGCUGGAGGUCUAAGGUUCAUGAGUGUCCCACAGCUGUUUGAAAAGAUUGUGAUUUCUGAACCUCUGAACAAAAGAGUGAUGAACUCAUGACCUUURAUAAAGUGUCUUCUCUGGUGCAGAAUGAAGUGCACAGGCCUGUUUCAGUCAAAUGUUUGGGGCAUCAUAGAGCAGAAUCAGACUCUUGUAAUGAACACAUUGCUUCGUGAAACUGCACUAAUUUGUUUUUUAAUCGUUCUAAAAUAAAGUUUYUUCACUAAGU